AUGGGACAACAAUUACCGCCCAACGUGGUUCCUUUCUUCACUAGGGCCCUCAAAGCCUUCCAGCUUUCCAAGUCCAACUUCAAGGUGCUAUGUACCCUGCCGCCGAGCCUCGACGAGUCUGCCGCAUCGUCGGAGUCGGAGCCGGCUGCCCGCCCGCCCCAACAUGGCCCUCCCCGAACGCUCCUGGUCCUGGACUCGUCCUUUAACCCGCCGACGCUGGCGCACCAGGCCAUGGCCUUAUCGGCGCUUCAGCAGCAGCAGCAGCAGCGGGAGGGAUUCAGAGAAGGGAGAGGGGAGGAAGAACAGGAGGAACAAUUAGCAACGUCGAAAUCGCGCGUGCUCCUCCUCCUCGCCAUUAAUAAUGCUGACAAGGCGCCCAAGCCCGCGGCGUUCCCGCAGAGAUUGGCCAUGAUGUACGUUUUUGCAAUGGACCUGCUCUCAGCCUUGCGAGAGGUGGGGAAGGACGAGGACGAUCUUCACAAUGCCACGACAAUGACGCCUUCUUCUGCCGGCAGCCGAGGCGUCGAGAUUGAUCUAGCAGUCACCACAGAGCCGUAUUUUCAUUCCAAGAGCGGUGCUAUUGCGGCCGAUCCAUUCUUCUCUUCAUCUUCAUCAACUUCAUCCUCGCCGUCGCCGCCUGGGCAGACGGCUGCGAUGGAGCAGGUCUACCUCACUGGCUUCGACACCCUGAUACGCAUUUUUGACGGCAAAUACUACCCCGACAACUCGAUGCGAAGGGUGCUGGACCCUUUUCUGGCGCGGGCACGGCUGCGCGUCACGAUGCGCCCAGACGCGGAUUGGGGCGGCGCGGCCGAGCAGCGGGCGUACCUGGACGACCUCAAGAGUGGUAGGCUCGAGGCGGCGGGUGGACGGAGGGAGUGGGCGGACAGAGUUGACCUGGUCGAGGGCGGCGGUGACAGCAGACAAAAUGCUGCUCCCGUCAUUAGCAGUACCAAGGUGCGCGAUGCGGUGCAGAGCGAAAACUGGGACGGGUUAGGACAGCUCGUGAGCAGUGGUGUGGCGGACUGGAUACGGCGUGAGGGAUUGUAUUGCGAAAGGUAG